AUGCCCGUCGCCGCCCUCCUCAGCAACGGCACCUACACCCAGGUCGUCACCGCGCUCACCACCUACUGCCCCGAGCCCACCGUCAUCUACCACGGCGAGCACACCUACACCAUCAAGGAGCCCAUGACCUUCACCAUCACCGACUGCCCCUGCACCAUCACCCACACCGGCCCCGCCCCUACCGGCGUCGCCCCGAGCCCCGACUGCCCGGCCACCUGCGCCGCCGCCUACGACAAGUGCCGCAGCGCUCCCGACGCCAACCGCGCCUCUUGCGCUGCCGAGUACGCCGGCUGCCUCGGCUACAGCCCCUACGGCCCCGAUGGCUCCCUCGUUACCCCCACCGCUUGCUCCGGCACCGCCGCGGUCCCCACUGGAACCGCCGUCCCUACCAUCGUGACCGGCACCGCCCCGCCUACCGCGCCCUCCGGCCCUGAGUGCGCCGCCGCCUGCGCGGACGACUACAACAAGUGCCGCAGCGCUCCCGACGCCAACCGCGCCUCUUGCGCUGCCGAGUACGCCGGCUGCCUCGGCUACAGCCCCUUCGGCGCCGACGACUCCCUCGCCACCCCCACCGCUUGCUCCGGCACCGCUACCGCCGUCGCUCCCACCGCCACCGCUGUCCCCCCCAUCGCGACUGGCGUCGUUCCCCCCGCGACCCCUACUGGCGCCGCUUGCGUUGCGGGCUGCAACGACUCGUACAACAAGUGCCGCAGCGCUCCUGAUGCCAACCGCGCGAGCUGCGCUGCUGAGUACGCUGGCUGCCUCGGCUACAGCCCGUUCGGACCUGAUGGUUCGCUUGUUACCCCCACUGCUUGCUCUGCUUCUGCUACGGGUGCUGUACCUACUGCUACUGCGAAGCCUUUGCCUUCUGUGGUUCAGGUUGCGUCUGCUGGACGUGCAUCUUUCGGUGUCGCUGUUGCGGCUGUGUGUGGUCUUGUUGCCCUUGCUCUCUUCUAA